AUGGAGAGUGCCAAAUGCAAUGUCAUCUAUGUUGAUCGCAAUGCCACCCAGAGCCGGUUGCUUGGGCCCUCCACCGCAGAGCUGGAAGAGGCUGGCGAGCUUCGGGACAACCUGGAUCUUCUUGUGAAUGCCUUCGGCGACGUCCACGUGUGUAAGGAUGGCGCCGCUUGCAUCUCCAAGCUCCUUCACCUCCACGACACUUCUUUGGUCGAGUUAAAGCCGACACUUGUAUUGAUAGAUACCCCAAACGAUGAGCAACUGUUGGAAUCGACACCACCGUCGCGGGAUCCUUCUCCGUGCUCUAAAGAUUCAGCUGAUGAGGGCAAGGACAACUAUCUUGUGGGCGAAGAGUUAUAUGGAGUCAAGUUGCUGGAGCGGAUCGUCUACGAGACACAUUUGAGGUGUCUAUCCAGGCUCGUUGUGCCUAUGCCCGUCGUCAGUUUUCCUUUAUUGCAGAGCCCAUCGGCGAAUGAUGGUGGGUAUGACAAAGCUGCACCACCCGCAUACGCCAGCUAUCUCGCAGAAACACAGGAUCCGACGAGCAAGUCCUUGACUAGUCGCGCCCUUUUGAGGAAAUGUCUCGACUCUGGCGCUGUUGAUGUAAUGGCCAGCCCACUGCAUAUGAAAGCACUUACUACGCUCGAAGUACACGCCUACCGGGCUCACAAGGAGGCUGCGAAGGAACAACAGGCCCAAUUGGAGAUUCGGAGGGGCCGAAAGCGCUCCUGGGUUGGAGUGCAUGAAGAAAAGCCUUUCUCGUACUUGAGGGAGGCCUUGGUUUCGGGCCUGAUGAGUGGCAUAUGUCGUUCUGGCGAGGAAGACGAAGAUCGCAUUGGUAGUGUGCGAAUCAAUAUCUCGCCCAAGCAUCGCGAUGAGAUUCACGAAGCUUUGGGCAAGUGGCGUUUCUGCGCCCAUGAGUUUGAUGAUGAUUCACUUCUCGUGGCAGCAACUCAGAUGUUCAGACAUGCGUUGGCGAUGCCAGAAUUGGAAAAGUGGCGCAUACCAACAGACCAGUUGACCACAUUCCUUGUCGCCUGCCGGGCAGCUUACAACACAUUCGUGCCCUACCACAACUUCCGUCAUGCUGUUGAUGUUUUGCAGGCAACAUUCAACUUCCUAGUCCAAAUCGGAUCCCUGCCUCCUUAUCCCUCCCAGUCCAGACCUCACAUGACUUCGACAGGAAAAUCACCGCUUGCGAUUUUACUUGGGCCAUUCGAGGCACUGACGCUCCUAGUCAGUGCGAUCGGCCAUGACGUGGGGCAUCCGGGUGUCAACAAUGGAUUUCUCGUCGUUUUGAAUGCGCCACUGGCUCAACUAUACAAUGAUCGCUCCGUCCUGGAGUCGUUCCAUUGUGCUGCCUACUCGCAAAUCCUUCGAAGACAUUGGCCGAGGGUCUUCGAGGACACAAAGAUGCGUACUCUGAUGAUCAGCUCAAUUUUGGCAACCGAUAUGGGACUGCACUUCGAUUACAUGAAGAAACUUAGCGACCUGCAGGAUAGAAUGCAGGACGAUAAUUCAACUGACGAUUGGGGUGGUCGCUUGCUGGAAGAACAGAAGGCGCUUGCUUGCACCUUGCUGAUCAAAUGUGCAGAUAUCAGCAAUGUUGCUCGGGGAUUUCCCGCCGCGCUCCAGUGGAUGACUAUACUAUGUGAUGAAUUCUCCAGGCAGGCAAAAAUGGAGAAUGAAAUCGGCAUCCCCUCUUCGCUCAUCUCAGUACCUAAACAAGAUUUCAUGUCCUUGGCCAAGGCUCAACUGGGCUUCAUGAACAUGUUUGCUAUCCCGCUGUUCCGGGGCGUUGCCGACGUCCUGCCUGCUAUGCAGUACACGGUAUCUGAGCUUGAAAAGAACAGACGUCAUUUCGAGAAGGCUGUGGACGAAAUUCCCAGAAUGCGAAGUGACAAGAAGAAGCUGUUUACGGAAGAACAACUCUGCCGUCAUAUCAUGGAAUCAGUUGAGAGCCUGGCCGAUGAUGAAGAUGGGCGGUGCUCCUCGACGGACACCGCGAAAAUUCAUCUGAUUCCGGAGAACCAUGCUGAAUACAAGAAAGCCGCUUCGUCACCCCCCUCGCAAACAAAUCACGUCCCUAAUAUGCCAGGGCAGUACAAGGAAAUGAACGGCAUAGCCACUGGUUUUGAUAGCGUGGCGGAUUUUGCUGCGAGCGAUCCCUUCAACGUUAACGAUCACGAGAACAGGGUCAUAGGACACAAUGGAAAGCAGCGCUCUAGCGAGACGACCGAAGGAGGCAGCUCAGUGCCAGGGUCUGGAGACUGGCAGUCCCAGGCUACGAGCGCUACCACAGGAAAAAUGCCACUUUCCCCGAGCACGCAAGGCACUAGCAUUGUCAGCAAAGAGUCAAUGGAGCGCACUUCUAGUAACCCGAUGACGACAGUCACAGCUCCGGACUCGUCCAAUGCGACAACGCCCACUGCGGGUGUAGACUCAGCCAACUCGGAGGAGGAGUCGAACGGAAACAUUCUGAAGCCAGACGGGACGCUCAAGAAGAAAACGAGUCGGUUCAGAAUGAAUGUGUCCACCUUCUUUAGGCGAAACAAAGGUGCAAGCUCAUCACCCGGCGGACCAGGAAGCUGA